AAUUUAUGUUACCACUCAGUAUACUGAGUAAAUAAAACGUGCUCUGUUUCAUCGGAAGUUAGAUUUCGCAAAUCAGUCGCGAUACCUUGAGUUGCUAAAUGUGUGUGACGCGAUGUAAAAGAGUAAAAAGCACAUUCGACGAUAUUUGACAGUGAACCGCAAAUUCAUGGCAAAGAACAAAAAUCCCACACUAAAACUGCAAAUAAAUAAGAAUCUUCCCGCUUCUCCGCCGUUAUCAUAGCUUUCCUCUGAUUGGUGUAAGGAUCUGUGACGUCAUCUUACUACUGGACGUGAUGUUACAUCGGUGUUUUAUUUUUUCACGUGUUGGUUCAACAAAGUGUAUUUUCUCUGUGGUUUUCAUUUAAUUGCGGGCAUAAUUCAAGGUAGCAAGCUUAUAUAUUGUUCCGUUCUCCACUAGUCUCAGGAUCAUUCUUGUUUGUUUUCUCCUCGCCAGAUUCGCAUGGCUGUCAUCGGAUGCGGAGCGCUUCUUAGAAAUCAACUUUAAGGAAAUCUUUGACAGUGACUUUGUGAAAGUUCAGAAUUUUCGUCGCUCGAUAUUUUAUCGGGCGAAUUGUUAGUUUUGAAGUGAAUUAUUUUUACAACAGUUUUUUUGAAAGAAAUAUAAACUGUGUUAUUUUGAAAUCUACGGUUUUGAAGAUGUUAGCGAAAGUGUGUCUCGUCGGUCCUAAAGGAGUUGGGAAAAGUACGAUGGCGUCCAAAUUCGACAAAGAAGCUUUCUCCAAGCUUAUCAGAGGAGCAGCCAUAGCAAAUUUUAAUGUAGUUAUAGGCAAUUAUAAAGUAGACCUACAGAUCUGGGACACAUGUGGUGAAGACCGUUUCAGGUGUAUGGGUCCCAUAUUUUACAAAGCCACAAAAGCGGCCAUGUGCAUGUUUGACAUUUCAUCCAAGCAAUCAUUUCUAGAUUUGCAGGCUUGGGUUGUGAGUGUUCAACAGAAUGCAAAUGAUGAAUGCAUAUUCGUUGUGUUAGGAAACAAAAAAGAUCUUUCUGACAAAAGGGAGGUGACCGAAAAGGAAGCUAUGAAAUAUGCAGAAUCAAUUGGAGGAACUUAUUUUGAAAUCUGCGCCCUCACCGAAGAAGGCGUGGAUGACGUUUUUAAACAUAUAGCAACUUUAUUAGUGCAUCAGAAAGACUGUUACAACAGCUACCACGCCAAACUAGCGAUAACAUCUAGUGGCAUGGGAUUCUGUGGUUGCACGAUAGAAAGGAAAAACAAGAAAUGGAAAUCGGAUAAAAAUUCAACAUGCUUUCCAUGUUUAUUAUUUCGAUGAUAUACUUAUAACAACUUUUAUUUGACUUAACAAAAAGCAAGUUCAGAAAUCCUGUUGCAAUAAGAUUAGGCCUAUCUAAUAUUAUUCCGAAAAUGACAUUUAGAAAUAAACAAAAGGCUUAACUAAGACUUCUUCUAAAAUAGCAUUUCUUGUAUUUUGUAAUUUUUAAAACCAGAAUCUCCAUUACGCGUAGUUACAAGCGUACAAUUUAGAAGAAGUUUUUAAUUUUCUCUCUGAACUUGAGUUAAUUGUUUAAAGUCAGCUUUUGUUUGAAGAUUGUAAGUGCAAUUAUAUCGUUAGAUGUUCCUUUAGUAAUGAGAGCUUAACAAGUACUUUCAUGUUCAAACAAUUUCUAUGAAAACAAAAGUAUUUUAGAUAAUUUAUCGUGUCAUUUCUUCUUUAUCAUUUCAUAUACUAUUGUAAAUACACUCAGUUGUUACCGUUAUUUAAUUUUUUUGGUAAUUUUCAGCUAGCUCGACAGCAGUCAGUGACAACUUUGGCGCUAGAUUUGAUUUUUUUAUAAUCAGGCAGCCGUCAACUACAUGUAAAAAGUGUUACAACGAUUUUAAGUCAUAAAAUUACAGUUGGUAUAGUAAGAACUUGUUUUGGCUGUUGUGGAACUCGCGGAAAAAUACCAUUUUUUUCAGUGUUGUUUUAUUGAAAGUUCUGUUGGAAAGAAACAAACUAGAUUUAUGUGGGAUAUGGAUUUUCCUUUCAUAAAAGUUGUGAAGCAAAAAUCAGUGGUUUCUUCAUUUUUGGUACAAUGUCUUAGAGAGAACUCAUUUUUCAGUUAUUAAUCUAUCAUUAAAUCCAUAGCCCAUUAUAAUAAACAUCUUUAAAUGUUGAGAAUCAUUUCUAAUGAAGUAUUUCCUAAUAAAAAUUGUUGAUAUAAGUAUUAAGAAGUCAAAGCUGUUAAAUAUACCGAAGAGAAAUGAAUGAGUUGUUUCAUUUGUCUGUGGUUUCGAGCAUGGCCUUGAUUUAAUUUUUCUAGAAUGACAUCGAUUCAUGCUUUUUAAAAUUAAAUUAAAAAGGCUUUAAUUUUAGGAAAUUAUCGUUAUUAUUGUUAUCUUACCAUCAUUCUAUGAAAAAAAAAACCGCCCACAAAUAUAUUGCCUUGUUUAAUUAUACUGUAUUUCUUUACGUUCUAAAAGGUGUUUUUUCAAUACAGAAUAAUAUUUGAUUUCUACUUUCUGAUAAGCAACAUGAAAUGCUAAAUUAUUGUUACUUUAUCUACAGUGUACAAAAAAAAAAAAAAAAACGAUUCCAGUAAUAUGGUAAUAGGUAUCCAUAAUUUGCAGUAAGAAUGUCAAUCAAGGCCAUUCCGAGGGGAUUGCAAAACUUGUGCAGUCAGAGAAGGCGGCGUAAAAAUUAUUAUUAAAAAAGUUUUAGAUCGGUAUGAUUUGCUGUAUAAAUAAUAAAGAACUCAAGAAUGAGCUUUCUGUUACUGAUUUUAAAAUACCAGAGUUUUUAUUUGUGUACUAAUAGAUAACUGGUAACUGCUUCAUCUGCUCGCGAUAUUUGACUGAAUGAGAAUAAUUUUUAUAUAUAUAUAAAGAUAAAAAAUCGUCUAAAUUUUUAAUUUUUUAAAAAUUUAAAUUAAUAAAAUCCUGUAGAAAAGGGAUACAGAUUUGUUUAGACAUGACCCUGUUAGUAUUUGAUUGACUGAAGACUGAUGAUUAACAGAUUACAGUAAUUUUUUCUUCAUCAGAUCAAUCCUUUCAUCAAUAGCACGAUAAAGGCACGGAAAUUUUAAUAUAAAGAUUUCAAACAAAUUAUUAUCAAUUGGAAAAUAUAAAGCUUUAAAGAAAUCUUUUAUUUUAAAGAUCAUGUUUAAUUUUUAGCUUCUUUUAAUUUAAAAUAUGCUAGUUCUAAAGAAUUAAAAAGCAGAAGCAUUUGAAUCAGAGCCCUAAAUAUCUUUAUAUUCAUUAGAAAUAUCUGAAAGCCAUUUUGGAACAGUAAAUCAGAAAUCGCCAUUCAAGAUAUUAAAAGAUCUAUUAAAGUAAUGAUGUAAUACCUUCUAAUGUUUAAAAUUUCUAAGUAAUUCUUAUAUUUCUAAAUUAUCCAAAUAUUCAAAAUAUUUCCACAGAAAUUCAACUGAAUCAUUUAAAACUCUAUGCAUCUUAGCGAAAUCAAAAGUUAGUGUGAUGUGGCUGAAAUGAAUUAUUUCUUUGUACUGUCUAAUUGAUUAAAAACAUAUUUUCACACAAAAAUUAUCCUAUAAAUAAGAUGGAAAAAUAUGUCAUCAAACAAAUGCUAUAAAUAUUAAGGUAGCUUCAAAAAUUUACUUUCUGAUAAAGAGUUCAAUUCCAAGCUUAAAAAUGAUUUGUUAAUCAAGGUCAAUGUACAGACUUCUAAAGUAUGAAAAGAAUGAAGUAAUACAAAAUAAAUUUUACUUUAAUGAUCAUUUCAUUCCAUGUAUAUUGUUAUAUUUUGUUGAAUUGUUUUCAUAUGUUUUAAUAGUUCUUAUAAAUUUUGUUGAUGUUUCUUAUAAAUCAUUGUUAUAGUGUCAUAACUUCUUUGUAAAAGAAAACGAAU